AUGGCCGUGGUGGAGAAGAUCCUGAGGUGGCCAGGCGUGGAUUUAAACCACGAAGACCACGAGGGACGUACGGCCGUCGACGUGGCGGCGAAAGAGGGCCACACAGAGAUUGUGAGCCUGCUGCUGGAACGACCCGAGUUGACCGUCGACUGGAACGACGGCAAUCGGCGCGCAAAUCCUCUGUGUCUGGCGAUAGCAUCCGGGCACGUAGAGACCGCGAGAAGGAUCAUCGAGCGACACGGCAAUCGCAUCAGCGUCAACUCGAAGUCCGCCCAUGGCCGCACGCCCCUUUGCCAUGCGAUAGACCGCGGCCACGAUGCCUUGUUAGCGCUGUUGCUUGAGCAGCCAGAGCUCGACGUCAAUCUUGCCGUCGACUUCGCCGCCACCGCCCUGCAUCUCGCCGCCGUCUACCUCGCAGACGAGUCCAUGCUCAGGCUAUUCCUCCGGCACCCCAGAAUAGACGUCAACGUCAGAAACUGCCAUGGGGCCACGCCACUCGUCAACGCGGUGAAAAGGGGAUACGGGAUUUCGGUGUUGCUCCUCCUUCAGCACCCUAACAUCGUGCCCGACAGAAAGGACGAUGUGGGGAUGACUGCUCUCUCAUGGGCGGCACACCUGGGCAGCUACAACGUCGUCAAAAUGCUGCUCAACCGGCAAGACGUUGAUCCCAAUGCCAGGGAUGACGACGGCAUGACGCCUCUCUCCAUUGCCGUG